UCUAGCACUCGAGCUGCGCGAUAGGGCGCGAAGUACUGAAAAAACGUUGACCGCAUAACCGCGUAUUUGCGACAAAAGUUGCGACAAGCAUCUAUUCGAUUGGCGAAGCACGAUAUGACGUCGUGCAAACCAACACCUCGGUUUCUAUUGUGGCUGUCCUGAGAGUAUGUACUCCGAAUUCCUGAGCGAUCGCAUAGAGCGAGUGAAGUCGCAGUGCGCUAGUGUUUCGUGCUGCUCUACGUCCCACAAAUGUGACGAAGGAGGUGUAUUUAAAGUAGCUUACCUUUGUCCGGAUGUUUCCUAUCGCGAAUUCUUUCUGCAGUAUGCGUCCUCGAAUACGCCGUGCAUCCUUUCGCCUCAACACACUAGCGAUUGGAGAAGUCGUCGCGAAUGGGUCGACAACUCCGGCCGUCCGAAACUGGAAUUCCUCAAGUCUUCUUUUGGAACAGCCACUGUGCCCGUCUCCGACUGCAGCGUGAAGCAGUACGACUCCCCGUCAUGUUGCGAGAUGACGUUUUCAGAGUAUGUGGACUACUGGCAGAAGCUAAUCGACUCUGGGCACGACUACAGCGCAAACCCGUGCCUCUACCUCAAAGACUGGCAUUUCACGAGGGAUUUUCCCACUUAUGGCCCAUAUACCACACCAAAGUAUUUCACUUCUGACUGGCUGAAUGAGUACUGGGACCUAAGGACUGAUGUGAAGGAUGACUUUCGCUUCGUGUACAUGGGACCCAAAGGAUCAUGGACGCCACUGCACACGGACGUGUUCAAGUCAUUCAGUUGGUCUGCCAACAUCUGCGGGAGAAAGCUUUGGUACCUCUUCCCCCCAAGGGAGGGUCAAGUCAACAAUGGAAAGAGGAACACGCUGCCAUGUGAUGUCAGCACUCUGCUGGAGGAGAGUGUUAAGGAUGCUGCUGAAGCACAGAGCCUUCCGAAGCAUGAAGGAAAUGUGCCGUACUUGAAAGUCAUUCAGAAUCCUGGAGAGAUUAUAUUUGUCCCAAGUAACUGGUACCAUCAGGUCCACAACCUGGAUGACACAGUUUCAAUCAACCACAACUUUCUUAAUGCUUGCAAUGUUAAGACAGUGAUGAUCAACCUGAUGGCUGCAUUAAUUGAUGUUCAAGAGGAAAUAGCAGCUUUUCAGGACACUGAUGGAUUCCAGGAGCAUUGUCAGGCUAUGCUUAGAGCUCACUUCGGCAUGAAUGUGGCAGACUUUUGCGCGAUGCUUGACGCUAUCUUGAGACGAAGAAUACGAAUGUUUGAGGUGCCUCCUGCGCAGAGAGAUCUUGCUUACCGCAUGAAGGAGGCACUUACUACAGACAUGGCGGCUGCCCUGUUCUGCCACAGGGAAAUACUCAAGUGGCCUGCUCCAAUUUUGGAAACAGCAUGCAUCAACAAAGAACUAAUGUGUCACGUUAGGAAGGACCUUGAAGAACUAAAUGAGCUAGACAUAAACUUCGAGCAUUCACUGGACGUCCUGCAACCUGCCCUAGUGAUGUAGAGCCAAAAAAUGAUGUUGCAAUAAUUCUGUACAUUACAAUGCAACAUGUAACUCUUUGCAAUAAGAAAUCCAUUUCAUUUAUAAGCCUGUGAUAAGAGCCAUGUUCUGACAAGUACUGCAGACAAAUUGAAAUAUAUAGAACCCAGGUGUAUCCAACUGUUGCCGAUAUUUAACGGCUGUAAGUUGUAGAACCUUGGGAAAUCUUGUGCAAGAAUGUAGCACUGUGCUAUCUAUAUAUUGAAAAUGUUCAUCACCACUCUUGAUAACCCGCCACGGUGGUCUAGUGGUUAUGGUGCUUGACUGCUGACCCAGAGGUCGCAAGAUCGAGUCCCAGUCGCUGUGGCCGCAUUUUUGAUGGAGGCGAAAAUGCUUGAGGCGCGUGUACUUAGAUUUAGGUGCACGUUAAAGAACCCCAGGUGGUCGAAAUUUCCGGGGCUCGCCAUUACGGAUUCCCUCAUAAUCAUAUAAUGAUUUUGAGACAUUAAACCCCGACAUUUAUUAUUACCGUGCUUGAUACUAUAUCAAAUGCUGCAAUAUGCUAUGCUGUACCUCUACAAGUGCACUUCUCUUAACAGUGUCAUGAUAUUUCGUAUAACUGGUAUUAUUCGGGCCAUUGAAAGAGUAUUGUUCUGGCAGCUGCUGUGAAACAAAGCAUUCAAUAUAAUGUUGCAUAAUUACACGUCAAGGCGGAAAAAUUAACAAGGCACGUGCCUCAAAAUAUAAAUGGCUUGUGCAGCAAGGUUCUUCUUAUUUAUUACUUAAAUUCCUGGCUUACAUGUUCAAGAACCUCUGUAUGAAUAUGAGGCACGUCACGGUUUGGGACUCUGAAUUAAUUUUGACCAUCUUUCUUUAAUGUGCGCUAAAAUAAAUAUGUAGGUGUUUUGGCAUUUCGCCCCCACUGACGUGCAGCCGCUAUGAUUGGAAAUGGAAACCAUGUCUUGUAGCUUAGCAGUCAAACACUGUAGCCUCCAAGAUACCACGGUGGGUGUCUUCUUUGACUACGAGCGUAGCGAUGUGGGCUUGUUGGUGCAUAAUGGAAAAGCAGUUUCUUAGCGCUGGUGUAGAGGAGGACAUAUAGGAAGAGACACUAGACACAUGGGCGCUACUCACAACAAUAAAGUAUUCCUUGAUCACGCAGUGCCCAUGUGUCUCUUCCUAUAUGUCCUCGUCUACACCAGCGCUAAGAAACUGUUUUCUUUGAAUUUUACAAUGGCGAUCUUGCUUUAACAGGCUUCACUGCAAAGUAUUUGUGUGAUGCGGCGAAACAAAAUAAUAGGGAAUUACAUAACUGUUGUGCAGUGAAGCAUGCUGCCCGAGGCCUCUAUUGUUUAUAUAAACAAUAGAGACCACAUAUAUAUAUAUAAAUUUCAUGAUGAAUUUGCAGCAUGCUCACAGCAACCAAGAGCAGAAAGCGAAAGACUCGUAUGGUGUGUGAGUGCUGCCAUAGACUUCCUACCAACUCGCUUAAUUUUCAGCACUUUCAAGAUGUACUUAUGUCAAAUUGCUGUUAUAUCAAACCAUUUUGUGAUGCUCUUAUUGUUUGAUCUGCACUGUGUGUAAAUGGGCUUACUUUGAGUAGCCAGUUCUCGUUGACUAUUUAAUUGUGUAAUUAGGAAGAAAAUCUGUGCCCAGUCCUCCACAAUGUAAAUUUUAUAACAAUAAAUUAUAAUUUUGCUCUG